CAAGUGUUAUCAAAUAAGUCAGGUGAUGUUAUAGAAUGAUGUAUUCUCUCGGUUUGUUAUGGUUGUUAUCAUGCGCAGCUGCGUCACCAAUUGUCACAAAAUAUGAUGGGAGUCAACCGUCGGAAGAUGUAUCAAAAAUUUCGUAUAUAAUUCUAGAGCCUGCUGAUUUCUUCCAAUUGGGUAAUUUUCCAUGGGGCUCCGAAGUAAAUGAUAACUCGGAAGGAUCAAAAAUAUUUGUAAUCAAAGGAACAGGCAACAAAAAAUUUGGUCAUUUAAAUGCUUUAAAACAGCAACAAAUAAGUGGGGGAAACCAAUUCUCAAUCAAUGACUAUACAGAAAGUAAUAAAUUAGAUGGAGCAAGUAACAUCGAUGGAACAAAUUUAUUUGAUCGACCAUGCAAUCGAUACCACGCAAACGAGGCUACAGCUAAAGUAAAUGUGGUAGAGCCUGAAGUAAAAAUUAAUAGUGUUAAAGAAUAUAACAAAAAAGAGGAAGACCAGAAACAAGAGCAACCUGCUUUCACAAGCAAUAAAGAAGUAAAUCGCGUUGACACGUUAGUCAUCCCCCCUCCACCAUCUAUUGACGUCUCCACAACUAUGGUCCAGAACCAAAAUUCUUUAGUUUCAGACGAAUCGAGUUAUAAAUACCAACCUGAAAGCUACAAAUUAAUCAAGAAUAAACCUGAGCUGAAUGAAGGACAGGGUAAUUCAGAUGUCAGUAUAGGUAUUUCUGUACAACCACCAUCAUCUAUUAAGUCUUCAAAUUUAGAUGAACAAUGGAGCCAAGACAAUAUGGAUAAUGGAAGUGAACCGGUUACAAAUGACCUCAGCAUAGUAAAUCAGUCUAAAAUUAAAAUUAUAGAGAACCCUGUGAAAGAAUCUGACUCAAGCGAAGAAGACCCAAGACCCAUAAUAAAGUUGAAUAUUCCUGCGCCUCCGUCUAUUGAUGGUUCUAUUACAUUACCUUCAGGUUAUUCUACAUUGUCAGCUCUUCAAAACGAGGAAAGAAUUCUUAUGGAGAAAAUAAAAAAUCUGAAAUUGCACAUUCAUGAUCAACCUGGAAAAACCCCUAACAUUCAAGAAACUUUAACUGUACCAUCUAUCGACGCAUCAGCUAUCCAUAACACAGCACAAUGGAGCAAAGUGGAGGAGACACCAAAAGAAACGCCAAAAAUAGUUGAAAAUAAUAGUAACUUGGGAUAUUAUCCUGAAACCGAAAGCGUACAAAAAGAAUCAGAAGAAACAAUGACAAUCAGAAAAGAAAAGAAACCUGCCGUAAAGUUGAAUAUUCCCGCACCGCCGUCUCUUGACAAUACUAUUACAUUACCAUCUGGAUACUCAUCAUUGUCAGAUGUCCAAAAUAAACUCGACAGACAAAACAAACAAGAAGCAACUGAAGCACUCGUACAAGCCGACAAAUAUGAAAGUUACCAUAGCCAUCCUGAGAUAUAUAAAUUGGUUAAGGGUAAUAUAAAUCCCGUUUUAAAUGCUGAUAUUGUCAAUAAUGAAGCUAGUGCACAGGACGUCAAACCUGUCGUAAGCAUAGAUGUUACUUCCUCGCCAUCUGUAGAUUCAUCAGUGGUCCACGAUACAAACCAAUGGGUUUCUGAAACAGUUUUAGAUGAGAAACCCUCUGAAGUAAACAGUGAAGAUCUCACAAACACGAAAGAUAAUGAACCUGUAGUGAAAUUAAAUAUUCCACCUCCACCGUCUAUUGACAAUAGUAUCACGUUACCUUCGGGAUAUUCAUCAAUAGAAGCUCUUCAAAAUGAUGAAAGAAAUAUCCUACGUAGAAUAAAAAAUAUUAGAAUUAUCAAACAAAAGCAACCUGGUCAACUUAUAGAGUCGUCUAACUUCGAAUAUCAUCCUGAACAAUAUAAGGUUGAGGCUGUGAAGAAAACUCCUGAUGUCAGCAUAGAAGACGUGAAACCUGUCAUGACGGUGGAUAUUCCGGCACCACCGACAAUUGAUACAUCAAAUCUUUUUGAUAAAAACCAAGUUGUGGAAGAAAAUAAUGGGAAGACACAAACAAAACCUGUGUACGUUUUACAUCAUAAUAAUGAAGAAAACUAUUCCAAAACUAACACGAAAGAAGUUAUCACUGAAGAGUCUGAACCUAACCAGGAACCAUUGAAGCCUGUGGUCCCGUUACAUAUUCCGCCUCCACCAUCUAUCAAUGACGCCAUCGUGUUACCUGCAGGAUAUUCAACACUACCAGCGAUCCGGAACGAUGAAAUUAUUUUACUUCAAAAAGUGAAAGGAAAUAUUCAAAAAGGCCAGAAGCAACCAGUAAAAAUUGUAAAAGAAUCAGAUAAUUAUCCUGCGCAAGCCAACAGAGUGGAAGUUGUUCAAAACCAACCUGAAUCUAACGUUGUCGAAACGAGUCAAACAGUUAAGUACAAUGUUCCUGUGGCACCUUCACUUGGUCGUUCGAUAGCUCUACCAUCAGGUUAUUUAACACAAUCAAAUAUUCAUGAUUUCGAAAGAUGGAUUAUACAGAAAAUUAAAGAACAAAGACAGAAACAAACCGUUAAGGUUUCAGAACAGAAGGAUGUGGUGCCUGUCAGAAACGUUGUCGGGUUUAAACCUGCUGUCAAAACAAAUAUCCCUCUUCCGCCAUCAAUUGACCGUGUUUCACUGUCGUCAGAAUACUCUGAGUAUCCUAAACAGAACAAGGUGAAAAUUGUCAGGAAGCUGCCCCCUGUCCACAUUCGAGGACCAGUAAUACGAUGGAACACCCCAGCGCCACCGACUGUUACUAAAAGGGUAGUAAGUGUUUCCUCUGAAUAUCCAUCAUUGUAAGUUCGUAGU